GGGAGUAGAUAACGCAUUAACUCCCAGUGGCUGCCGCAGGAGAGAGGAGAGAGGAGAGAGGAGAGAGGAGAGAGAUUUGAUGCCGACAUCAUUCUGCUUGAGCCUGCCAUCCGCCGCCGAUCUCUGCUAGAUGGCCCAUCGCCGAAUCGCCGUCCUCUCCUCUCAUCUCAGUCCGGCCGGCCCUACCCCUUCCGGGGUCGCUCGACGCUCUCCUGAGCCCGACGAACCGCCGUGUGUCGCCACUUCCAGCUGCAGCGCAGGCGACGCCGAAUCUCAACGGGAUGGGGAGGCAGGAUGCGUCUUUUGCCGGAUCAUCCGUGGCGAAUCCCCCGCGUUCAAGCUUUAUGAAGAUGAUGUAUGCAUUUGUAUUUUGGACUCUAAUCCAUUGACUUCUGGGCACUCCCUCAUCAUUCCAAAAUCACAUUCACCUUCAUUGGAAUCAACUUCACCUUCUGUGAUAGCAUCCAUGUGUUCAAAGAUACCCUUUCUUAGCAAUUGUAUAAUGAAAGCCACCCAAUGUGAUUCAUUCAACUUGUUGGUCAACAAUGGAUCAGCAGCAGGCCAAGUAAUAUUUCAUACUCAUCUUCACAUAAUUCCUAGGAAGGCUGGGGACCAGCUAUGGCCCUCUGAGAGUUUUCGAAGACAACCAAUUGAAUCAAACCAGGAAAUUGUUGAUUUGGUGAACUCUGUUAGGGAUCUAGUUUCUUCUAGGUCUUAGAAUGAUUUGUUGAUAAAUAUCAACUACAAUUUUCAUGAAUAGUUAUAUCAGUACUAUUACAGAACAUUGUACACAUGAAUUUGUUAUCUGUAUUCAAAUUUAAUUUUGGGACCGAGUA